ACCGAUCCUCCCUGUGACAUCACUGGCCCGGCUUAAAUAAGAAGGCCUCGAACCGAGAGAUCAGGACCACUCUCCUGGGACUACGGCUUCUUCACUUGUGCCCCUUCUCCCCUCCAUCUAAACUGCAUCAUGUCUGAUUUCACCGCUGACCAGAUUGAGGACUUCAAAGAGGCCUUUGGUCUCUUUGACAGAGUUGGCGAUAGCAAGAUUGCCUACAACCAGAUUGCUGACAUCAUGCGUGCUCUGGGACAAAACCCAACCAACAAGGACGUCAAGAAAAUUCUGGGUGACCCAUCCCCCGAAGACAUGGCCAACAAGAGGAUCGACUUUGAUGCUUUCCUGCCCAUGCUGAAGGCUGUGGAUACCAUCCAGAAGGGAACCUACGAUGACUACGUUGAGGGUCUGCGUGUCUUCGACAAGGAAGGCAACGGCACAGUGAUGGGCGCUGAGCUGCGCAUUGUGCUGUCCACACUGGGAGAGAGGAUGUCCGAGCCUGAGGUCGACGCUUUGAUGCAAGGACAGGAGGACGAGAACGGCUCUGUCAACUAUGAAAGCUUUGUCAAGCACAUCCUGUCUGUGUAAGAAGCCCCCCUCUCCAAGGGAGUGGUGAGAGAAAGGUGGUGUAUCUACAGACCCCAUGGUGUCAGGACGUCAACUAUUUUUUCGAAGACCAACUGAACAACAAAAAAAGGACUAUGAGAUGUCAUUUCUAAAUCCAUUCUCUCUAUUUUUUUGCCUUUUGCCCACGUUUUUCUCUUUCUGGAAGUCAGCCCCCAAUGCAGUUUUUUUGGCCCUUGCGUCUUUCCUUUCUGUUCGGCCCAGGGACAGCGUUCCACAGUUGGGUGGAAAUCGAGGGAAUAGUCACCGUCCACUCAUCAAGUGAGGGUGCGUUUUCUGUUCUCCUCGGCCACCCGUGACACUCCAGCCGUGCUAAAGGCACGACACUUGGCCGCCGUCCCCACUGCCCAGACCUCACACACUCAUGUUUCACAAUAAACUCUUUUUCCAAAAGUU